AUGUGGAACCACUCUCCGCUACUACGUGCUGUGGGAAAGUGCAAAGUCGUGACAAGGAAUCCAGCUACUGGAAAAAAGUACAGGAUUGACUAUGUCAUAGUUAAGGAGGAUCUGACUCCACUGCUAAGCAAAACAGCUUCUGAGAAGAUGCAGCUUAUCACUGUUCACUACGAAUCUAUGGAAAUAGUCCACAACAUAUUUCCUGAGAAUGUCUGCAACCUAGCUCCUGAGAAUCUUCACAAAGAGUAUCCUGUGGUCUUCUCAUCCUCUGUGACUGGUACUCUGCCGGGGAACGAUGUUCAUCUGACUGUUAUGGAUGAUGCUACCCCUAGUGUUCGUCCUGCUAGAGUGAUACCAGAAUCCUUGAGAAGUAUUGUGAAGGAUGAACUUGAUGCACUGCAGACAAGAGACCUGAUUGAGGAACGAAAUCUUCAAAAGAGACUUCAUCUAGCACUGGAUGGUCUUCAAGGGGUACGAUGUGUGGCAGAUGACAUCAUAAUCUGGGGUAACAGUGAUGCUGAGCAUGAUACCCGACUACAGAGUCUUCUACAGAGAUGUCAAACUGUUGGCAUAGUCUUGAAUAAGGAGAAAUGCCAAUUUCGACUGAAGGAAAUCUCGUUCCUAGGCCACAUAGUAUCCAACUCUGGACUGAAAGCUGAUCCAUCCAAGAUCGAUGCAAUCCUGAACAUGAGUUCUCCAACCUGCAAGGAUGACAUCCAUCGCUUACGUGGCAUGGUCAAUUAUUUGGCCAGGUAUCUGCCCAAACUAUCUGAUGUCAUGAAGCCUCUCAAUGACUUAACCCACAACAACUCUGCGUGGACUUGGGACUCCAACCAUGACAAAGCCUUUAGGUUGCUGAAAGAGAUGCUGAUACAAGCUCCUGUGUUGGCGUUCUACAACCAAAGCAAGCCACUUCAAAUCCAAACUGAUGCCAGUGCUACAGGGUUAGGUGCUGUGAUGCUACAGGAUGGUCAACCAAUAGCAUAUGCCAGUAGGAUGCUGAGUGAUCCUGAGACCAGAUACUCUGUCAUUGAGAAGGAGAUGCUAGCAAUAGUUUUUGCACUGGAAAAGUGGAAUCAGUUCACUUUUGGUCGUAAGACAACAGUAUAUAGUGACCACAAACCACUGGAGUGCAUUGUGAAGAAGGCCCUGGACAAAGCUCCCAAACGCCUACAAGGAAUGUUACUACGCGCCAUGGCGUAUGAUGUUGAAGUGAAAUACCUUAAAGGGAAGGACAACAUCUUGGCUGAUGCACUAAGCCGUGCUUCUCUUCCGUAUGAGAGCGGACAGCAUGAUCUAGAGGUGGUGAAUGCUGUCAAACUCUUGUCUCUCCCUGAUGACAAGAUAGCUGAGAUAAAGAGACAGACUACCCAAGAUCCAACUCUCUCCCAGCUCAAAGACACCAUACUUGAUGGGUGGCCAGACAACAAGACAAAGCUUCCUUUGUCACUGACUCCAUACUUCAGUUUCAGAGAUGAACUUUCGGUGACUGAUGAUCUGAUUUUCAAGGGAGAACGGCUGGUAAUCCCUAAGCAGAUGAGGCGACAGAUCAAGGAGGAGUUACACAUUGGCCACAAUGGAGUCGAAGGAACUUUGAGAAGAGCCCGUGAAUAUGUCUAUUGGCCAGGUAUGAACAAGGAGAUAAAGGAGUGGAUCCAGACAUGCGAGACCUGUCAAGAAAACUCAGUCUCUCAACCUGCCCAACCUUUGAUGUCUCAUCCUAUCUCUGACAGGCCAUGGUCAAGAAUUGGAAUCGAUCUCUUCCAUCAUGAUAACGAGAACUAUCUCAUUAUGGUCUGUUACUACUCCAAUUUCUUUGAGAUAGAAAAGCUACAGAGGACGACUGCCCCCGCAGUUAUCAAGCGACUGAAACGUCACAUCGGACGCUAUGGAGUGGACUUUGCUGAGUUUGCCAAAGAGAUGGGAAUCAAGCAUAACACCAUCUCACCUCACAACAGCAAGGCAAAUGGCAAGGCAGAGUCUGCUGUUAAGACUGCCAAAAGACUGCUUACCAAAUGCAAGGACACUGGAGAUAACGUUGAUCUAGCCUUACUCAACGUUCGUAAUACACCAACUCAAGGUACCCAGACCAGUCCUGCGCAAAGGUUCAUGGGUAGACGAACACGUACACUCCUACCCACCACAACUCAGUUGUUGAUGCCUGAUCGUGACUCAGGACCUGAUGUCGAGAAACUCAAUUCAAACCAGAGACGACAGGAGAAGUAUUUCAACAGAAAUACAAGGAAGCUCAAGGAUCUUCCACUUGGAGCAACUGUACGUGUGAAACCAUUCAACCAUAGAAAGAAAUGGAAGAAAGCGGUGAUCCUGAAGAAAAUAGACGAUCGAUCAUAUGAAGUUCGCUGUGAUGGUCAAACACUUCGUAGAAACAGAGAACAUCUCAGAGCGACCUCAUCCACGUCAGAUACACUUGAUCCUAUUCCCAACAUGUUUAACUGGGAAUGCCAGGACAACAACCAACCCAAGGUGAGGACUACAGAGCAGCGUCAAUCUACCACUACAAGUCCUGUGAAGUUUCGCGGUGAUGGUACAUCUGAGACGCUUGACGAGAACAACACAAGCUCGCUGAGACGUUCAAACAGACAACGUCGAGAACCGCAUAAGAUGAAAGAUUUCGUAACAUUUUGA